CACUCUUCACUAUCCAAAGAACCUUUUGGUAGCCAUUCUCAUCUAUCAAACCAUUCUCAUCCCAUUACUACCAGUGCCCGAGCCGACGUGAGCUCGGAAGUCUCGGGCAACACAGAGCACUACGUGGCGUGUCCUCGACUGAUUAUUUCCUGGUUUCCCCUUAUCAGCUACUCUCCCAAUCUUGGCACGAUCAUGGUUAAUCCUCAGGUUUUCAAGAUAUCUAGCAAGAACGUUGUACUACCAGACGUUGAAACCCCCCAAGCUGCCGUGAUCACAGUCAAUAUUGACACUGGAAAGAUUGUGGACAUCGAAAGGGGCACCGAAAAUCACUCGUCGCGAGGCGACAUCCAGGUAAUCGACGUCGGGACCAAGUUCGUGCUUCCCGGAGUCGUCGAUGCCCAUGUUCACUUGAACGAACCAGGUCGGACAGACUGGGAAGGGUUCUGGACAGGUACUAGGGCCGCCAUCUCGGGUGGAAUAACGACCGUAGUAGAUAUGCCCCUUAACUCUAUACCCCCUACCACAACACUGGAGAAUUUCCAUCUCAAGAAGGCCAGCGCAGAGGGUCAGUGUUGGGCGGAUGUCGCAUUCUGGGGCGGAGCUAUCCCUGGAAAUCAGAAAGACCUUAAACCAUUGAUUGCCGCUGGUGUCAAGGGUUUCAAAUGUUUCUUGAUUGAAAGUGGCGUGGAGGAAUUCCCGUGUGUGGAUGAGCACGAUUUGCGCAAUCACUUGGAACAACUUCAGGGAGAACCGAUCGUUCUCUUGUUCCAUGCCGAACUUGAAGGCUCUCCAUGUUCAACCGAAGAGACUCUUCCUCUCAAUCCUACGCAUUAUGAGACGUUCCUGUCAUCGCGGCCUGAUUCCCUCGAAGUAAACGCCAUCUCCCUCAUCACCCGACUGCAGGAAGAAUAUCCCUAUCUGCGUUGUCAUAUUGUCCACCUUUCCUCUUCCCAUGCACUUCCCAUUAUCCGUGCUGCCAAAUCCCGAGGCUUGAAGCUCACAGUGGAAACGUGCUUCCAUUACCUGUGUCUCUUCGCGGGUAUGAUCCCCAACGGGCACCCCGAGUUCAAAUGCUGUCCCCCUAUCCGCGAUGAUAACAACAGAGAACUUCUUUGGCAGGCGCUGGUGGAUGGCACCAUCGACUUUGUGGUAUCUGACCACAGUCCAUGCAUUACAGAACUCAAGAAGCUAGAAGAAGGGGACGUUAUGGGAGCAUGGGGCGGCAUCAGCAGCCUUGGACUCGGCCUGAGUCUAUUGUGGACGGAGGGAAGAAAGAAGGGAGUUACCAUGAACCAUAUAAUGUCCUGGGUGAGCCGGAAGACAGCAGAACAUGCUGGUUUGUCCGAAACCAAGGGUUCAAUCGCUAUUGGAUAUGAUGCUGAUCUCAUCAUUUGGGACCCAGAAGCUGAGUUUAAGGUAUCCACGGAAUCGCUUUACUUCAAGAACAAACUUUCUGCGUUUGAAGGGAUGACUCUUCGUGGAGUCGUACUGCAAACAUUUCUGCGUGGCUCCGCGGUCUACGAUGGCGUCAAGAAAAGCUUUGACGCAGUUGGGCCGCGUGGCAAAUUGCUCUGAAGCUACAGGCUAUUAUUGGGAAAUGUAUUCGAGGUCGAAAGCCCAAUGCUUUACGUGCGGAGUUCAUUAGCGAAUGACGGGGUUAGUUCGAGUUCAUGGGAGACCGUCCGUUGGGAAGUUCGCCUGUACUUACUGGUUGAUGGUGGUCCCUCGCCUAGCUAGUAGCUUGAAGGAAAUCAUCAUCAAGAGACUAAAAGUAACUCAGUCAUGGUGUUUGG